GUCUUUUUGCGUUGUUGCGACGAAAACACGUGACGGAGUCAGCGCUUUGUCGCCGUUGAAUUUGCUCCGCCGGAGAUUCCCGUGGCCAUCUUAACAAAUUCGUGGGGACGAAGUGACUCCAGCCGCCAUGUCUGUAGUUCCGGCGCCUGAUAACAAAACGCCACUUGGCCGUUGCCCUCGCAGGCUGCAAAUUCGCAGGCGGGCAACCACACGGACGAAAGUGGCGCCGAGCCGACCACCAAAGACAUGGACAUUCUCGCACCCGACCACUACGAGAGGCGCAAGGGGCACUACCUGCAGAUGGCCAAGCAGCUAGUCAGCAGCAUCAUGGCCACGCAGAUGCCUAAGCGGGAGUGUCUCUCCUGGCAAAGCGAGAGGGGAGCAGGCGUGGGCACCCAUGACAGCUGCCAGGAGCAGGAUGCUAAGGAACGGCCGUCAAAAAUGCCCUGCCCGAAACGAGGCGUUAAGGGACAGCCGCAACGCGGUCGUGGUCGCGGCCGCGGUUCACCGCGCCGUCCUGUGACGGCAGCGACUGUUGCGGCGGCCGAGCAACCGCCAGAAGAUAGCAGCAUUCACAGGCGCUGGUUCACCUGCCACUUGUGUUACAAGAAGUUGUCCCGCAAGGGCUCCUUGAAGAGCCAUCUUGAGAGGCACGCGAAGAAGGCACCCUGGACGCGCGCCUGCCCCAACAAGGCGCCCACUUCUGCGGGCUCUUCCGCCGAUGCGUCCCCUAAUGAGGUCGAGCCGUUGGCCGGGCCGAGCAGCGAACCAGCGGGCAUAUUGCAUUCUGAGUCAAAGAAGUAGGACUGGGGUUUCAUCCUGCAUUUUGGCAGGCACUUUCUUCUUCUGUACUUGGGUCACGGCAAAUGAGUGCCAUAAAUUUGGAUUAGCAAAUUAAUCUUUUUAAGUAUGUGAUCUGUUCGUUUCGAGUAUGGAAUCGAAUACCUCAAUAUCUCAUUCGUUAUUAAAAGAACAGUUGAAAAGCAG